AUGGACCGCAUCCGGAAGCUAGUUGCUCCUCGUGCUUCCUACGAGCCGCUCCGCAAUGACGAGUCGAACAUUGGCAGACGCGAGGGUGCGCGGAUGACAGCGGAGGGGGACGAGCGGCCGAAAACUCCAUUUUCAUGGAUGACAUACUCUGUCUUUGUGCUAUUGGGUGUAGCGAUGUUGUGGGCUUGGAACAUGUUCCUCGCUGCAGCACCGUACUUCCGCCGUCGCUUCCACUCGAGCGAAUGGGCCGUGAAGCAUUACCAGCCAUUCAUUCUGUCAGUCUCGACAGUGACGAACCUCGGUUGUGUGUUGGUUCUCGCAAAGAUGCAGAAGAAUGCCUCCUAUCCGAAACGGAUCGCGGCAUCUCUUGUACUCCUCAUCGUCGUGUUCUUCCUUCUGACACUGUCAACCGUGUGGUAUAAGGAUCUCUCCGUUGGAAUGUACUUCCUCUUCGUGAUGACCAUGGUCUUCGGAGCCAGUCUAGCGACGGGCAUGAAUCAGAACGGCGUCUUUGCGUACGUCUCGGGGUUCGGAAGACCGGAAUACACACAAGGGAUCAUGGCCGGCCAGGGCGUCGCCGGCGUCCUCCCGUGCAUCGUGCAGAUCCUGUCCGUUCUCGCGGUUCCGGAGAGGGGAGACACGGGUAGCAGUCUGGCACAGCUGAAGGAGUCGUCCAAGUCGGCUUUUGCCUAUUUUAUGACGGCCACGGUUAUCUCUGCUUUGGCCUUGGGAGCUUUUCUUCACCUUGCGAAGCGCACAUCCGGCUCGUGGGCCAAAGCAUUGGACGAUGGCGUCGCCGACCACGAGGAGACCGCUACAACCCGCAAGACGUUUGGACUAUGGAGUCUGUUCAAGAAGGUACAGUGGCUGGCUCUCGCCGUCUACCUCUGCUUCACCGUCACGAUGGUCUUCCCCGUCUUCACGGCGGAGAUCGAGUCCGUGCAGGACCCGUCCAGCCGCUCGCGGCUCUUUGAACCAGCCAUUUUCAUCCCUCUGGCAUUCCUGUUCUGGAACAUGGGCGACCUGUUGGGCCGAUUGUCCGUGCUGGUGCCUCAGCUCGCGGACCUGACGCGGUAUCCGCGAGCGCUGUUCGCCCUCGCCGUCCUGCGCCUGGUGUUCAUCCCUCUGUACCUGCUGUGCAACAUCCGCGGCCGAGGCCCCGUCGGUAUCGGCAACAGCGACUUCUUCUAUCUGUUCGUGGUCCAGCUAGGGUUCGGCCUCACGAACGGAUUCCUGAGCAGCAGCUGCAUGAUGGGCGCGGGACGGUAUGUCACUGUGGACGAGAGGGAAGCUGCCGGAGGCUUUAUGAGCAUGAUGCUCGUGGCCGGCUUGACGACAGGAAGUCUGCUCAGUUUCCUCGUUGCUGGCGCGUGA